UUUACCUGCGUCUCAUAUAACAGAACUGAUAUAUUUGGGCGACAUUUUGGGUGGAAGAAGGAAGAUGUCUGUACGGCAAUCGAAGGAGAAGAUAUUUCUGCAAACACCUCUACAAACUUUAAAGAUUGGAGUUCGGAACAAGUUACUAGUUUCUUAAGAUCCAAGAAAGAUGAAGUAGGUCUCGAUGAAAAAUAUAUCACGAAAAUCCAAGAGCAAGAGACGAAUGGUUUUGCAUUCUUACUCUUAACAGAAGAAAUACUUACUCGUAAAUCGGGACCAUUUGAAUUUCCAUACGGGCCUGCAGUUGCUAUCACAAAUUUGGUUAAUAAGUUUAGAGAAGAAGGGAAAGCAAUGUUUCGCUCAUCAAAACAUGAGACCGAUGUUAUUGAAAACGCAAUCGAAUAUACCAGACAAAUCGAAUCUCUGCUUAGAAUAUUGAUGAUGAAGAAACCAGCUCUUUGUCUUGGCCUGAAAUUGCUAAAGAGUUUGAAGAAAGAUCUCCCCGUAGAACAAGUAGUAGUUGCCGUUAUCAAUGGUUACGUAGAAAGGGAAAAAGGGCUUAUUGCUUGGUUAUUGCAAAAUAGGGAUUAA